AAGACCUCCUUUUUUUUUCCAUCGUCCCUAGAUCCCUGUUUGUUUUCCUGAAACUCCUCCCUAAAAAUUAAGAAGAGUUUAUUAAUGAAUAAUGAAGCUUGAUGGUCUUUGGAAGUUUAAAGGUGGAGAGGGAUUUUCUGGGUUUGUCCAAAUUAUUUUGAGAUUUGUUUUUGAGAUAUUGAGAAUACUGUUGAAAUGAAGGAAUUAAAAGUAGCGGAAGAGGAGAAAGCCAGAGAAAAGUUAAAAGGGGGACCGGUGUCUGAUGUUGAGGUCUUUGCGGAGACACACAAGAAAAAGAAGAAAGACGGUUCAAGAGAAGGAUGGGUUGAGACACGUGCAUCGGAACAAUAUGAUGGAUAUCAUAGAAGCUUGGAUGAAUGGUGUCAGAUGCAGCCUACUUCUGACGAUGGUACCCGAAUCCAACCGUCACCCCGAUGUUAUGACUUCAAUAUGGACGGAUGUAGCAGGCGGUGUAUCCAAAGGAAGAGUUUACGGGCUUGGAGUACAACGGUCUUCCUCUUUUCGUUCAUCGCCAUUAGUUUCGGAUGUUCCUACUACGCAAAAUCAGGAAGAAAUGGGAGCAAUGCAAAAGAAUAUUGAGUUGUUGUCGAAACGAUGUGAGACGGUCGAAGCUCACAUUGCUAGAAUGGAUAAAUACAUGAAAGAACACAUGCCCCACUUUUAUGAUGAUGAAGAGACUGAUUCUGAUGUGUAGUAGUGAUUUAAGGUUGAUUACUUUUCUUGGAUGUUUAAAUUUUAUAUUUAGACUUUAUGGUAAAUUUGAAUGAUGUUGUAUAUAUAUGUUUAAACUUUAUUAUAUUAGUGUCGAUAUAUAUUAGCUACUCAGACUUGAUAUUGAAUAUUUAGACGUUAAGUAAUGUUUUGCUUUGAUAUUAUGGGAUUUGAAUGUUUGUUUGUUGAUGUUGGAAUUGGUUGGUUUGAUUAUUAGAUCGUUUAGUUGGAAUUGGUUGUGUAGUUAAAAUUGAUUUGUUGAGUUGGUUGUUUAGUUGGAAUUGGCUUGUUGAAUUGGUUGUUUAUAAUAUUUUGCAUUUGACAGGUGAUGUGCUAAUAAAAUGACAGUAUUCUGUCAAAUUUCGAUCCAGUUUUUCGACUAUUGUAGUCGAAAAGUGUGCCCAGCAUAAUGAUUUUCCGACUACAAUAGUCGGAAAAUGAGGCCAGAAUAAUACAGAUUCCGACUAC